AUGCUCGCAUCGUCUCUCCUCCUCGCUCUCGCGGGCAGCGCGCUGGCCGCGCCAGCACCCAUGCCAGGCCUCCCCGCCGGCAUGAGACGGCACGUCAUCCGCGCCAACGAGACGUACGAGCCCGGAUCGCCCCAGGAGCUCAUGGCUGCCCAAGUCCGCCGCGAGCUGGGCGACGGCCCCGAGCUCAGCAAGAGGAAGACGGGCGAGGCGGUCGCGUUCAUCGUGUUCGACGCGUCCGCACUCACCAUGUCGCGUAUGGAUCCCAUCGCUUUCGGGGGCGGGCUCGCGCCGCACGUGCACAUCGUGCAGGGGGCCAACAACUUCCGGAACGUGCUCAACACGCCUAGUGAGCAGCAGAACGCCGAUUGCACGACCGCUGUCGCCGCGGGUGACAGGUCAAACUACUGGCAACCAUCAUUGUACUACCGCAACGACGACGGCAAGUUCCGCGCAGCGCCGCAGGGCAUCACGCGCAUCUACUAUCGAACCGUAGGGCCCAACGUCCAGCCCUUCCCGCAGGGCUUGCGCAUGAUCUCCGGCACCGCGAUGUCCCGCAACAUGAGCGACAUCCGCACCGAGGGCAUCGAAGUCAAGGUUGAUGGAGAGUCCAACGGGCCGUUCUUACCGAAUUCAACUUCCCACCCGAACGGAUACAACACUGUCGUGCUUCUUGCCAACUUCCCCUCGUGCGGAAGGGCGGACGGGCAGCUCGACUCGCGCAACCACUUCGACCACAUGGCCUGGCCGCAGUUUACGCCAGACGGCAAAGGCUCGUGGGCUGGGUGGUUCUGCCCAGACUCCCACCCGAUCAAGUACCCGACCAUCCUGCACGAGGUCGCGUGGUACUUUGACAAGACGAAGAAGCAGCAGCUUGUCCUCUCGAACGGCGAUGCGCUCGGACCGAGCCUGCACGCCGACUUUGUGUCGGGAUGGGACAUGGAGCUGCUCGCGCAGGUGAUUGCGCAGAACGGAAACUACAACGGGUGCGGCGACAACUACAGCAACUGCCCCGUGUUUUCAGACAAGACCAUCGACGACAACGGCAAGGCGCGCGAGUGCCGGUAUGCGGGCCAGAUCCCAGACGAGGACGUGGGGCUGUUCCAGCCGCUCGACCAGCUGCCGGGCUGCAAUCCGCUCUGGGAGGACAACGGGCCGGUCGACAAGCCGGAAAACUGCCCGUGGUACCACGGCGAUCCCGGAUGGGUCUCGCCGAACGCGUACAUGUUUUACGACCGCAAGACUGUGCCAGUUGCAGUGCAAGUGCCUCCGGGGAGCACGAUCGCGAACAUCUCCCACCCCAACAUCCCGGACCAGCACCUCGGCGUCUGGGGCUCGGACGAGGCGGCGAUCAACAAGGGCAAGGUGCUCGUCGGGACCGACGAGGAGGUGCGCGCCGGCGGCGUGAAGAAGCGCGUCGCGGACGUGUACGGCCUCGAGACGAGCUGCGAGUUUACAGGCAUGUACCCCCCCUGCCCGGCGACCGUAUACCAGACCUUUGGGACGGACAUGAGCGCGACACAGGUCGUCGCCAACGUGUGCGGCGCGACAAACACAAAGGGCGCAGUGUUCAACACCAAGGCGUACAUCCCCGGCCCCAAGCCCACGAUCACGACGAUCGGGUGCGACGGUGCCCAGCCGACCAACGUGACGCUGCCAACCAACACCACGAGCUCGACCUCGGCGCGCCCGACGAACACUACGUCGAUGGGUCCUACCAACUCGUCGUCGAUCGCCGGCCCGACGAACACGUCGACGACGUCGGCGCCCCUUCCGACCAACACGUCGUCGGCGCCCCUGCCGACCAACACGACCUCGGGCGUCGUCCCCUCGAACACGACCAGCGCUGGCCCCACCUCCUCAGGUAACACGACCGCGCUUCCCACUUCGUCCGGCAACGCUACCGCCCUCCCCGCGUCGUCGGGUAACACGACCGCUGUUCCCACUGCUUCAGGCAACACGACCGCUCUGCCUUCGUCGUCGGCCAGCGUGAACGGCACCGCCACACCGACCUCUGUCAGUGGCACGGGUUCGGCCUCUGGCUCCAUCACCUCCUCGUCAUCUACAGGCUCUGGCUCUGCCGCGGCACCCUCGACCACAGGCUCCGGUUCUUCCGCCACAGGCGAGCCCACUCCCACCGGUUCGGGUUCCGCUGCCACGGGCGAGCCAACGGGCCAAGAAUCCGGCUCUGCCGGCACCGCCACACCUUCGAGCUCGACAACCUCUGGCUCUGGCACCGCCGGCCCGUCGCCGACAGACUCAUACUCUGGCGAGCCAGCAACCGGCACGCCUUCCUCCGGCUCUGCUGGCCCGACUGACACGCCCUCAAGCGGCACCGAAGCGCCGACACCCACCUCCAAGAAGCCGCAGAAGAGCUGCAAGCCCAAGCGCAAGCACAAGCACAAGUAUCGUUCGCAUUAG